AGAGGAGGCCGAACUUCUAAGUGAAAAUAUCCAUAUAGAAAUUUAUCUAAAUAAAUAGAAAAAACUAUACAAUAUGAGAGUUCCAUUUGGCAAGAAACACGCUGAAAUCGCCACAUCCUUCGUUGGCUCAGCUGUCGGCUUUGGUGGUGCCGCCACAUUGGGUCUCUUGUACUUCACCGACUGGAAAUUGGUACUCCAAUAUGUUCCAUUCUAUGGUUCAAAAUUCGAGAAAUCCGAAUAAAUGUGUUCUUUUU